AUGUCUCGGGCUUUUGCGGCUAAGCUAUGGUGGCGAUUCCGGAGUGGUGACUCUAUUUGGGCGGAAUUCAUGCAUGCAAAGUACAGUUCGGGUUGUCAUCCGUUGGAGGCCUCGUCUGUGCGGCCUUCAAGGACUUGGCGCCGCCUUGAGGCGAUCAGGGUGGUGGUGGAGCCGAAGAUUAGGUGGUGUAUAGGGGAAGGCCUGGUGGACUUCUGGAAGGAUCGAUGGGCUUUAGAUAAUCCGUUGGAAGAGGUGGUGGUGGGUGCGGGGCAUCCGCAUUUUCUUGUGUCUGAAUUUUUAACCAGGGAUGGUUGGGAUGAGGCUCGUCUUGCUCAGUGGGUGCCGGAGUCGGUUAUCGGUGUGAUAAGGGACAUCCCAUUUGAGGUUUCUCAGAAGGAUAGAUUGGUUUGGGCGCCUUCUUCAUCGGGUCUUUUUUCAGUAAACUCGGCGUGGGAGUUUCUUCGGCAACGGAGGUGUCCAUCCUUGGUUGACUCUCUCCUUGGGCAGCCAGCUUUGCCAGCAAAAAUGGUGUUUUUAGCGUGGCGCUUGGUAAGGAAGUUCAUUCCUUUGGAUGUGGUGUUGAAGUCGCGAGGGGUGUUGCUUCCUUCCCGGUGUGGGUGUUGUUAUGGGGAGGAGGAGGAUCUCUUGCAUGUGUUUGUGACUGGGCCGAUUGCUUCCCAAGUUUGGACGAGGGUGUCGCGUAGGUUUGGGUUUCAGAUGAGAAAUUGCUCUACCAUGGCUUCGGUUUUCAUUGCUUGGUUUCUAUCUUCCGAUACAUCGUCCAAGAAUCAUAUUAGGGUGAUAGUGCCAAUUGUGGUGUGUUGGUUUUUUUGGAGGGCUAGGAACCAGGAGCGCUUUCAGGGGGGCCGGUGGGAGGUCAACCGGAUAAUUUGGGAUGUGGAGAAUUUUAUAGAACAGUUGGGGAGGGCAAAUAAGCUUAGGGGGUUUCAUUUCAAGGGGGAUGAGGAUUGUGAGUGGCGGCGGUUGGUCAGCGGUCCUGCCAGGCGAAGUUCCCCCCGGGCGAUUGCCUGGGAAAAGCCUCCCUGUGGAGUGUUUAAAUUGAAUACAGAUGCUAGUGUGAUUAACGGGAGGGCCAUGGGUGGUGGGCUGGUGCGUAACUAUCAAGGGAAAUUGAUUUUUGCCUUUUAUAAGGAGUUCGGGGAGCACGGGGUGCUUGAGGCAGAGUGCUUGGCGCUUCUGGAGGGGUUGCAGUUGUGUCUUCAAAGGGGGCUGGUUCCUUCGCUGGUUGAGGUCGACUCCAAGGUUUUGGUUCAUUUAGUGGUAUCUGGGGCGGUUGCGAAGUGGCCACUAUGUAACUCUCUAAGGAAGGUGAGACGUUUUUUGGAGGGUUUUCCGGCUACCAUCUCACAUGUUUUCCGGGAGGCCAACAGUCCCGCUGAUAGGCUUGCAGCGGUUGGGUUAACUGGUUCUCAUGUGUUUGAGGAGGGUUCACAUUUGCCGGCAAUUGUUAGGUCGGCCAUAGUUCUGGAUUCCCUGGGAGUGCCAGGGGUGCGGUGGUUAUCUGAGGAUGGGUAG